GUGGAAAACAGCGAUAUUCCCUCUUUUAUGAGCCAAUGGAACAUGUUGUGGAUUUCCACUCAGUCGACCAGUCGGCAGAUUCGUGACCGACAAGCGAAUCCCUCAUGGAUCGCCGUUACCCAUUUUGCCCCGUCGCAGUGCUCGGAAUUCUACAUUGACUUGUUUAAACGAUACAAUUGGACGACAAUCUUCGUCCUUAUCGAUAAAGGAUCACCGCCGGUUUAUCCCAUCAUUGCGUCCAAUUUGCUUGACGACCUGAAACAGAAUCGCAUCGUCACGCCAAUUGUGCGCGAAAUCCCCACAAAACCCGGAGCUUCGUUUGGACAGUUCGGACCAAUCCUGGAAGACAUACGCAAAAUCAGCCGAGUCGUCCUCUUUUUUGGCCACAACGCAUUCCUGCGUGAAUUCCUGAUUACCGCCGCCAAUAUGGGCAUGACUAACGGAGAAUAUGUCUACAUCGUCGUGGAAAGUAUGCGCAACAAGAUUCUCGGCCGACUGAACUGGAAGUAUGACGACGCCAACGACGAGAAAGCGCUGCAAGCCUUCCAAUCGCUGCUGAUUGUCCACCAGAAGAACGUGGACAUGGGCACCGAUCUGCGCUUAGGACCAGAAUUCAUCCGGCGCUCCUUUCUCGAUUAUAACUUUACAUACAGCCUUCAAGAUCAGCCAUUUUUGCCGAUUGUUGACAGCUACUUGGCCUUUCCGACGAUAGCAACGGUUCUAAACGAUUCAAUAAGGGAAGGUCACAUCCGGGACCUGGGCGAUGGUAGAGCGCUGGCACGUCGUUUCCUUAACCGUACUUUUACUAAUGAGUACGGCACGUUCUACAUUGACGAGAAUGGCCAACGGCGUACGGAUUUCGUUGUAUCGUAUUUCUUGUCCAGUGGCGUUCGUGAGCGGCUGGUCGCAAGAGAUGGGAUGACGCGGUCCUGGAUAGAAAUCACACAGCUCGACCACUGGGGCAAUUCGUCCACCGCAUCGUUCCCCCCGCUGAGCGAACCGAUUUGCGGUUACUUACACCAGAAACCGGCAUGCCUGCAAAAAUAUGGCAGUAAUCAAACUUACAUCAUUGGGUUUACUAUUGCGGGAGUUGUCCUCCUUGUGUUCACCGUGAUAAUAUGCUGCGUCAGGUCUGCCAAGCGCAAAGCCCACGGUCAGCUGAUUCAUAAUACAUGGUGGCAGUUGACGCUUGACAGCAUCUCCCAUCCAUCCGCUUUGCGAACACUGUAUUCAUCGGUAUUCGCGGAGGCAAAAGCCGAGCACUACGAUGGUGUUGCUUACGAUGACAAUGACGUCCAUAUUUCCGGAUUCCGCGCCUUACAUAAAGGAAUCGGAGUGAUCGGCUAUCCUGUCGCGAUAAUAAAACAUGCGACAACCACAAUAACAUUCGGGGAGCUGGGUUCCAACCGAGAACUGUCCAGUAUGCUGAAAAUGGGUGUUGAAGCAGUACAUAAUUCGGCGUUUGGGUAUCAUGGGCGGUUAAGCGUGUUUAACUGCUGGAUCGACAAGCACUUCACCUUGAAGCUAAUGCAUUUAGCCAGCGAUAGAUUAUUUCCUACGAUACAGGCUGCUGGCGCAAGCAAGCUUACCAACUGUCCUUGGCCCUUCUCGGCAACCUGGGAAGAGCAUUUUUGGUCGCCGCCAGAGCUGUUCCAGGAUGCUACACUGCCCGUCGGCCGCCGUCAAACCAAAAGCAUGCAAGCUGUUGAUAUUUUUUCCACUGGAUUGAUCCUCUACGAUAUAUUGACGAGGAGUUCCCUGUGCAAGAAAAUGGGGGACAUUUCGCAUAAUAAAAAGGGCUAUCAUCAAAAUGAACCUACCGAGAAUCCUUUGGUAAACGCCAUCGACUACGCUGAAGUGGAACCGUUAGCUGCGAUUAUUCGGGCGUGCGUGGACCGUGACCCAACCGGGCGCCCAACCAUAGGGCAACUGCGUGCCCGGUUAGCCAUUGUCUCGCCGUCACUAGCGCCCGGCAUGCGUCGGUUUAAACUGUUCGAUAAGAUCCAGCAGCGCUUAGCGGCCUACGCUGACCAAUUGGAGUGGGAAGUGGAGACCAGAACCAAAUUGCUGCACGAGGAAAUGGUUAAAUGCGAUACUCUCAUCAGCCAAAUCUUACCACGGGAGAUUGUCAGCCGAUUACGUGUUGGUCUGGCAGUGGCACCCGAGGUAUUCAACAGUGUCACGCUCAGUUUCACCGACCUGUACGGUUUUGUGGAGUUUGUCAGUGCUGAGCCACCGGAAGUGACGAUAUCCCUUAUCGGCAAAGUCGAAGACUUUUUCGAUAGACUAUGCACACAGUGCGACAUUUAUAAAGUGGAGGCCGUUGGGGACAUGUUCCUGGCUGCCAGUGGUCUGCCGCAGCGGAACGGCGAUUCACAUGUUCGCUACAUCUGCGCAUUUGCCCUUAAAGUUAUGCAGACGGGAUCAGCGCUAAGCUUACCAGAGAAACUUUGCUUCCGAAUCGGCAUUCAUACUGGUCCUUGCGCCGCUGGUAUAAUGGGCACAAAAAGACCGCGCUAUUGUCUAUUUGGUGAUACGAUCAAUGUGGCCUCGCGGAUGUGCAGUCAAGGCCUGCCGGGACGUAUCCAUUUGAGUGUUGAUACCCACCAGCUACUGGGCAAGAACCACCACUUUGUGGUGGAAACCCGGGGCCUUCUGGCUGUGAAAGGCAAAAACGAUAUGAUGACAUUUUGGUUAACUGCCUGGUCGCACAAUGUUGAAGGGAAAGAAGAGAAUCUUUCCAAAGGUCGCGAUGCUAAAGGAAAUCGAUAA